AACAGCCUGCGGGUACAUAUCGCUCAACAGAAGCUCACGGUCACUCCUUUAUGCUAAUACGGGCUGUUUGACAAGUUUGUGACGCUAGGAGACCCGGAAGAACGAGUCUGCAUUUAAUUGAAACUAAAACUGGAAAACAAAGAAAAUCGGUAGAAAAGAGAGAAAAGUGUUGAGGUCAUCGGGUUUGUAUUAUUCUAGCAGAUCAUCCAUCCGCAUCCAGCAUGUCUGCGUCGGCGGUUUUUGUGCUGGAUAUCAAGGGGAAGGUGCUGAUCUCUCGGAAUUACAAGGGGGAUAUCGACAUGAAUGAAAUCGAUCACUUCAUGCCCAUUCUGAUGCAGAAGGAGGAGGAAGUUGAUGUGUCUCCAUUUGUGGCCCACGGGGCAGUGCACUUCCUGUGGAUCAAGCACAGUAACCUGUACUUGGUAGCAAUGACUAAGAACAAUGCUAACGCUGCCUUGGUCUUCGCCUUUCUCUAUAAAAUAGUGGAGGUUUUUAAAGAGUAUUUCAAAGAGCUGGAAGAGGAGAGUAUCCGGGAUAACUUCGUAACCGUAUACGAGCUCAUGGAUGAGGUGAUGGAUUUCGGAUUUCCUCAAACAACAGACAGCCAGAUCCUGCAGGAGUACAUCACACAACGGGGGCACAAGCUGGAGGUGGGUGCCCCCCGGCCCCCAGCAACUGUAACCAACGCCGUCUCCUGGAGAUCGGAGGGGAUCAAAUACCGGAAGAACGAAGUGUUUAUGGACGUUAUUGAGUCAGUCAAUUUACUGGUGAGUGCGAGUGGCAGCGUGCUGCGCAGUGAGAUCGUGGGCAGUGUCAAGAUGAAGGUGGUCCUGUCAGGAAUGCCAGAGCUGCGGCUGGGACUCAAUGACAAGCUCCUCUUUCAGAACACCGGCAGGGAUAAGGGUAAGGCUGUGGAGCUGGAGGAUGUGAAGUUCCACCAGUGUGUGCGGCUGUCCCGCUUUGAGAACGACCGCACCAUCUCCUUCAUCCCCCCCGACGGAGACUGUGAGCUGAUGUCCUAUCGACUCAACACGCAUGUGAAACCUCUGAUCUGGAUUGAAUCUGUCAUUGAGAAAUAUUCCCACAGCCGAGUGGAGAUCAUGGUCAAGGCCAGGGGUCAGUUCAAGCAGAGAUCGACGGCAAACAACGUGGAGAUCACGGUUCCUGUGCCGAGCGACGCCGACUCUCCGAAAUUCAAGGCAUGCACCGGCAGCGCCAAAUGGGUGCCGGAGAAGAACGCGGUCAUCUGGACCAUUAAAUCAUUUCCUGGGGGUAAGGAGUACCUGAUGCGGGCACACUUCGGUCUGCCCAGCGUGGACAGUGAAGAACUGGAGAGGAAGCCACCGAUCACGGUCAAAUUUGAGAUUCCCUACUUCACUGUAUCAGGGAUUCAGGUUCGCUACCUGAAGAUCAUUGAGAAGAGUGGAUACCAUGCCCUGCCCUGGGUCAGGUACAUCACCCAGAGUGGAGAUUACCAGCUUCGGACAAACUAAACUGUGCAUUGAAGAUGAAUUUCACACCAUCUUUACUGUGCAGACGAAGACCAAACAAUGGGAAAUCAAACCGGACAAUACAGACAAUCCUUUUAUGAAAGACGGCUUGUUUAUUAUUGAAAAUGUGAAGUGUAGUGUAACUAUGCGUAAUAACAUUGUAACGAUGUUUCAGUACACAUGUAUUUACUAAGUAACUACUAUGUAAAUGCACAGUAAUUAGAGACACAGUGGAAAGUGUUACAGAAAUAACAUGGACAAUAACUGAGUGGGAACAUUACAAAACAUCCCAGCAGUUUAAAUAUGUGACCCGGAUUGCGCUUUGAUUCUACUUGGAUCUGUACCGUCUCGGCUUGUUUUAUUUCUUCUCACUUUGUAUCUCUUAUUUGGAGAGUGGGGUGUUUUCAUUAAACUUCUUCUGAUCAGA